AUGAAACACAUCAGCUGUCAAGGUAUCACUGACAACAUCGGUAUCCUUUACUAUUUAAUAGUAUCUAUGCCAGUGUCCAAACCCUACAUUGUGCUGAGUGAUCGCUCGCCUGUAGAAGGCACAUCGGUGUGGAUGUUCUGUGGACUGGAGACUGGAACAGAGCCUGUUAGCUACAUAUGGGAGCAGGAGAGCCGCAGUGGCCUGGUCACCACACUGGCUGAGAGCAACAGCAAUCUGAUCAACAUCACUGGGGUCACCUGUAAUCAUACUGGCUGGUACAGAUGCCUGGCCAGGAACGAGGUCAGCCAGCAGCGCAGUGACCGUAUCUGGUUAGAUGUCAUAUUUGGACCAGAACAGCCUCAGAUAGAUGUCACAGCCUACUCAGUGACAGAUCAAGGCUACUCAGCCCUGGAGAGAAGAAACAUUUCCCUCACAUGUCAAGCCUCCUCUAACCCUCCCAGCCAGUACGUCUGGUUCUACAAUAACUCAGAGAUCUACACUGGAGCACAGCUCACCAUCAGUACAGUUCUGCGGGGGCAUGCAGGGUACUAUGCCUGUCUGGCCCAGAAUACUUACCGCAACACCCUCUCCAAGAAAACCAUCACUCUCACCGUCUACUAUCCACCAGAUGGCGUUCCAACUUGUUCUAUCCUCCCAGUGAACAACUACACUGACCUGGCCCUCUUCUGUUCCUGGAUGGGAGGCUACCCUCCAGCUACUAUGAAAUGGAGUCCAUAUGUGAAAGGAGACAACAGAGAGGGAUUUUCUAAUGUCACUUUGAUCCAGCCAGGCCCUGAUACUGCUAAUAACUCUGUAUUCACUUGCCAUGGGUCACAUGUUGCUCUAAAUAUUGCCCAAAACUGUAGCACCAGGACAUGGCUGCCCCAUGGAGAACCUCAGUGUUCUGCAUAUGCGACUCGCAAUAAUGAGUACUUGAUGCUGUCCUGCUCCUGGGAGGGUGGUUUGCCUCGGGCUCUGCUGUGGUGGGCCUCUGAUUCAGGGGACGUGCAGGGCACAUCUGAGGAGAACUCCAACAUUCUGAUCCUGCGCUCCAGUGCCACCUACAGUGGCAAAGCAUUUGCAUGCCAUGCUAAACAUCCAUUGGCUAAAGAAAGCAAACAGUGUGUGUUAAAACUGGAGGCUCCAGUGUUGAUGACUCAGCGCAGUGUGGUUUCUGUCUAUGAGGGUAAUGAUGUCCUGCUCACCUGCAUUCUGAGCAAAAACUAUCCAGCAGCCACAGAGGUCACCUGGUACAACAACUUAAAGCAGAACGUAGGUGAAACACCCAAGAAGUACGUCCUUCAGCAAGCUGCAGCCUGGUCUAACCUGACAGUGCGAGAAACAGACAGCAUGGUGGACAGUGGCCAGUACUGGUGUUCUGCUAAAAACGCUGUCGGAGGAGCAGAGAUCCCUGUCAAAUUGGUGGUGAUGAGGUACCCAAUGCCUCCAAAUGUCACUAUCACUAAAAUCACGUACAGCAGCCAUCAGCGGACAGAUGUUACUGUGGAGUGGCUGAUUCAGGCAGAUGCAGACCUCACUGGGUUCUUCAUUGAGCUUCAGAGGCUCCCUGGUCGUCUAGGGAAGAGUGACAUUGUUCCUCUCUGGCAGAAAGUGGCAGCAGAUCUAGAGCCCAGUGCUCGCAGCUACCAGAUCAAUAGUUUGGAUCCUACUGGCAAAUACGCUUUCCGUGUAACGGCUGUAAAUCGCCGUACCAUCGGACAUCCUUCAGAGAUCAAGAGUCCAGCUCUUCCAGGCUUUAACGCAUACCCUUCUGUGAUUGGAGCAGCCAUCGGAGGUAUGCUUGUGGCAACAGUAGCAACUGUGCUGAUCUUCCUUUAUGUGCUGAGGAACCGCAACAACAUCCCACGUCUUCAUGACAUGAUAUUUGGCAGGCAAAACAGCCAGUCCAGAGAAAAUAUUAACUUCCCUGAGGACGAGGUUGUUGGAGGAGCAGAAGAAGGAGGCAGAGCAGAGAUGAGACCAGGAACAUCUGUAACACUGCCAAGAUCUGCAAUGCCUGCAAACCUGCCUCCACAGAUAAAGCAGCCAAAGUGACCAUAAUGGACAUUCCCUUGAGCUGGAGCUUUUGAACACAAAGCAAAU